AUGUCCAGCUCAAGAUUUCGAAUAGGGCGAGGUAAUAUGCGAGUUGUACUCGAUAAUGACCUCAAGAUACAGGAAAUUGAUCAAGCCAACUCCAUUGUCAAUACUCGUAUGAUCGCGAACCUCGACUCAGAGCUUUCCAUCUUGGAUACGACAUUUUGUUCGCCACCUCUAGCGGAAGAAUCUUCGAACGCUGAUCCAGCAACAUCCCUUAUCGGAUCAGCCGUCAAGGACCAUUCGACAGACCCUGUUAUUCACUUCAUGUCAUCGGGAGAGGCCGUCUCAGACGUUUCUCUUAAUCAGUCUACUGAAAUGGAAGAACGGCCUGUUUUGGAGUCGCAGAAUCAAGAUGAAUUUUCUGCUAAUACCCUUGGUUUGAAAAAGCCGUCACUUGGUCACGAAAUCCAAUUGCCAGCACUGACGGCACCUUCGGAAUCAGUGCAGAUCAACGUCGAGAAAUCGGUGGAAGUCAUGCCUGAUUCCCCCAAUGUUGGGAUUGCCACUAGAGAUAACUCCGACCUCCGCGUUCACGUCAAUGAAGUCGAAAGACCAGAAUCGCGAUGGACUCCAUCUUAUAGGAAGAAGACAUCCAAAAUCGAGCAGCUUCUCAUAUCUAUAGCGCCUUUCUCACCUCCUGUCCCCACUCAAGGCAUUGAGCUGCCUUCUUCCCCAAAAUCAUUCAAUCCUGCUGAGCUCCGGAACGAAUUAGGCUGCCGUCUACCGCGAUGUCGAGGGAAAGGAGUAUACUCCAUGUUGACUGUGUGGGAGUCGUUGUUCUCGCUGUCUGUGUUUGGAUUGGAGUCAGAGAACGUUGCGUUGCGGAAUGAUUCUGUAUGGGGAGCAGAUUCCGUAGUGGCGGAACUAUUCGUUCAUCUUGCGAUUGUCGAUUUGAACAAACCCACAUCAUAUCGGAGUCCACGGGCCAGAAUCCAAACACCUUUCCUCCAGACAAAUUCCUUAACGACAUCAGAAUGCCCUUGGAAACUAUCUACCGGAACUCGUGAGGUACCAGGGCCUAAUCCUUGGUUCUCGAGAGAACAUCUCCAAGGCAGUUUCGCCGCGUUGUGCGAGACUAAGGACACCACGACCGAACGGAAGACCGUGUGCACGCCAAACAGGGUACCCGGUCUUAAUCCUGGUUCUCAAAAUGAGAACCUUGUCCGCAUGCGAGGAAGCAAGGAUGUGAGAGUUUUGGCGGUUCCAAUUGAUCAGGGUCCCAGUCAUGUGCCAGUUGAUAUCGGUAAUGGCUCGGUAGUCAAUAACUAUAGAGGUUCUGAGGUCGGAUAUGGGCCGGAAAUGGCCCGGGAUAACUCCGAGGUCCGGAGCCGAGUACUGGCCUGUAGUACACACUGGGAGUGGGACGUCGGUGAAGCUAUUAGCAACACCCUUCACACACUGUUGGUGUCCCCGGGAAUUAUGGCAAGAGUGCAAGAUUGGGAUGAGCAGCCUAAAUGGGGUUCCUGAUGAUCCGGGAGUCCGGAAGCAAAGGGUAAAGAAGAUAUUAAAGACUGGGAUAAGAUGGUACACUUGAUUUCAAGCUU